GGGCCGGGCGGGGGAGCAGCCCCGGCCGCCGCCGCCGCCCCGCCCCGCCAUGCCGCAGCCGUAGGCAGCCCGCGGCCGCUCCCAGCCCUCGGCCUCCGCGGCCUCCGGGCGGCGGCGGCGGGCCCGGCCCUGCCCUGCCCUGCCCGAUGGGCAGCCUGCUGAGUGGGGUCAGCUUCAAGGAGCCCACCACGGUGGAGGACUGUGACUCCACCUGGGAGACCGACUCGGAGCCCGAGGCGGCGGAUCCCAGCGAGGAGCCGCGGCGGCAGGAGGGGGUGUGCACCCCCGCGGGAGGCGGGGAAGAGCCGGCUGAGCUGCCCGCCGCGGACUGCCGGCCCCCAGAGUCCCCGCCGUCCCCGCCGCCGCCGCCGCCGCCGGAGGAGGGGGAGCGGGCAGAGGUGGAGGCCACCGGCCCCGAGCAGAGUGGUGAUGGAACUGAGCUGACAGCCAAGCCAAAGAGAAGCUUCUACGCAGCAAGAGAUUUAUACAAGUAUCGACACCAAUAUCCACAGAACUUUAAAGAUCUUCGAUAUCAAAAUGAUUUGUGCAAUCUCCGAUUUUACAAAAAUAAAAUUCCUUUUAAGCCUGAUGGGGUUUAUAUUGAAGAAGUCCUAAAUAAAUGGAAAGGAGACUAUGAAAAGCUGGAACAUAACCACACUUACAUACAGUGGCUUUUCCCACUGAGGGAGCAAGGUCUGAACUUCUAUGCUAAAGAAUUAACUACAUAUGAAAUUGAGGAAUUCAAGAAAACAAAAGAAGCAAUUAGAAGAUUCCUUUUGGCUUACAAAAUGAUGUUGGAGUUUUUUGGAAUAAAACUAAUUGAUAAAACUGGAAACGUAGCACGAGCUGCUAACUGGCAAGAAAGAUUUCAACAUUUGAAUGAGUCUCAACACAACUACUUGAGAAUCACUCGAAUUCUGAAAAGUCUUGGCGAGCUAGGAUAUGAGAGUUUCAAAUCUCCUCUGGUAAAAUUUAUUCUCCAUGAAGCUCUUGUGGAAGACACCAUUCCCAACAUUAAGCAAAGUGCUUUAGAAUAUUUUGUGUAUACUAUUAGAGACCGAAGAGAAAGGAGGAAACUCCUGAGAUUUGCCCAGCAACAUUAUACACCCUCAGAGCAUUUUAUCUGGGGACCCACAAGAAAACAGAAGUCAGAAGGAAGCAAAACAAAUAAAAAGCCAGCAUCUCCAAUUUCUGUUCACAAUAGUGUUAUUUCUAAGCAUAAGAAACCAAAAGAGCCUAAGAAUACAUCAGCAAGUGGAAGCUCAGCUGGUAAAACAACUGAAGAAAGGAAGGUAGAACUCACAAAAAAGGUGGAAGAAAAUGACCAGGAUGAACAAGAAAUGAACUGUGAUGCUGUUAGGCAGAACAACAGUGAAAAGACCGGCGGUACUGAUGCUGGUCAGCUUCCAAAAUCAGAAGAAAUUCAUGAUACUUCAGACAGAAAGGAGGACGCUUCUCAUUCGAAAAAAGGUGAUGAAAAUCUGAACAGUGACUGUGGAAAUCACCCAGGCACUAUAGAGAAAGAUAUAUGUGACACUGAGAAUUCUUCAAAUAACAUGUCAGCUGAUCUACAGGAUAACCUUGAUAAGGAUAUGCUUUCGGGAGGGACCACCACAAAAAACAAGGAUGAACUCAAGUCAUGAAUCUGAGGUUAACAAUCAUUAUGUUUCAUAUUGAAUAAAGCAGAUCAUUCAUUGCUCCUUCA